GGCUGUGAGGUGAGGGAAUUCUCAGUUUGCUCCGGGGGGAGUUGUCUGUCAGUACAGAAGUGUCAUGGCGGCGCUGGCUGUGGACUGAGUUGGUGAAGAGCCGCGCUGUGUGCACAUGUUGGCGGGGACAUGGAGGGCCGGGGCUGGGGGCGGCUCGGCCUGUCUGUUCUGGCGCUGUUGCUGAUGAGAGUGGCGGCGGCCGGCCUUGUGGAGCUUUACGGAGCUCCGGGGAGAGGAGAGGAGGAGAGCGGAGCUAUCAGUACGAGGUACCCGGGAGGCUUCGGAGCGGCCGCGGCCUUCCCAGCCGGAGAUGUGACCGUGGAGGAUGACGAGGCCUCGUCCGAGCCGGAGGAGAACCGGGAGAACGGCAGAGCCAGGUCUUUGGUCAUAAUUAGUACAUUGGAUGGAAGAAUUUCAGCCCUGGAUCCUGAGAACCAUGGGAGAAAGCAAUGGGACUUGGAUGUGGGGUCGGGAUCUCUUGUGUCAUCCAGCCUUAGUAAACCAGAGGUAUUCGGUAACAAAAUGAUUAUCCCCUCUCUGGACGGAGAUCUCUUUCAGUGGGAUCGCGAUCGAGAGAGUAUGGAAGCUGUUCCGUUCACAGUGGAGUCUCUUCUGGAGUCGUCCUAUAAGUUUGGUGAUGAUGUUGUAUUGGUUGGUGGAAAGUCCCUUACGACCUAUGGGCUCAGUGCUAACAGCGGCAAGGUGAAGUAUGUCUGCUCCGCGAUGGGCUGUCGUCGGUGGAAUGAGGAGGAGGUGGAGCCAGAUGAUGUUCUUUUGCUGCAUCGGAAACAGAAAACCGUGCGUGCCGUGGGGCCUCGUAGUGGGAGUGAAAAGUGGAAUUUUAGCGUUGGGCAUUUUGAGCUGCGCUACAUCCCUGACAUUGACCCAGGCGUGGGGUUCAUUGGAGGCCAACUAGAAGCUAGCGGGGGCACAGACGAGUCCAAAAUAAUUUCUGACAUUGAUGAGCAAGAAACUGGGACAAAGGAGGUCGUCAUUAAAGUUUCUGUGGCUGAUUGGAAAGUCAUGGCCUUUAACAGGAAGCUGGGAAACCUGGAGUGGGAGCACCAGUUUUGCACUCCGAUUGCUUCAGCCUGGUUGGUUAAGGAUGGGAAGGUCCUUCCUAUCAGUCUCUUUGAUGACACAAGUUAUACAUCAGAGGACCAUAUUAUGGAGGAUGAUGAGGAUAUUGUAGAAGCAGCUAGAGGAGCUACAGAGUCCAGUUUCUACCUGGGAAUGUUUCGUGGGCAGCUGUAUCUUCAGUCAUCUGUGCGACCGUCUGAGAAAUUCCCAGUUAAUCCCACAGCCCUGGAUACAAUGAAGGAUAAGCACUCCAUUAUAUCGCUGCCAAGAAUCAAGUGGAAGCCAUUGAUUCACUCUCCCUCCAGGACUCCAGUGUUGGUUGGUUCUGAUGAGUUUGAUAAAUGUCUCAGCAAUGACAAGUUUUCUCAUGAGGAGUACAGCAAUGGGGCGCUGUCUGUGCUGCAGUAUCCAUAUGCAAAGACGGGAGGAACCCGGAGACUUGAAAGAGCCCCACGGCACAGUGUAGCAGAUGUCGACAAUGGUUAUUACCUGCCGUACUACAAAAGAGAACGCAGCAAGCGGGGGACUCAGAUCACCAUUGGGAUCCUGGAGAACCCAAACUACAAAAACCUCAGGAAGAAAGAUCCCGUUCUACUGCUGCACUGGUGGAAGGAGAUAGUGGGCACUAUUCUGCUGUGUAUCACCGCCACCACCUAUGUGGUACGCAAGCUGUUCCAGCCUCAUCCACACAGUGCCAGGAAGAGACAGGAAUCUGAGACUCAGUGUCAGACAGACAGCAAAUAUGAUUCCAUGAAUGGGGACCUUAUUGACAGUAGGAGUGAAUACAGCUGUGGAUACGUGUCACGAUAUCUCACGGACUUUGAGCCAAUUCGGUGCUUAGGCCGAGGUGGCUUUGGAGUUGUAUUUGAGGCCCGAAAUAAAGUAGAUGACUGCAAUUAUGCUAUCAAAAGAAUUCGGCUCCCAAACAGGAAACUGGCCAGAGAGAAGGUGAUGAGAGAAGUAAAGGCUCUUGCCAAGCUGGAGCAUCCUGGGAUUGUACGUUACUUCAAUGCAUGGAAGGAAGAGCCUCCAGAGUUGUGGCAAGAAAAAAUGGAUGAACUGUGGCUGAAGGAUGGAAGCACGGAUUGGCCCUUCAGCUCCCCCACUCCAGUAGAUGGGCUUUCUGUCAAGAUUCGAAGUAGUGAUCUCCACUCCAUGAAGGAGCACGUAGAGGUGAUCACCCCUUCAUCGGGGAGCGUAACCUCUCUGUCCACUGAGUUUGUUGCCGUUAAUGCAGGUGCACAUCGAAGACUCUCAUUUCCUCUCCAUUUUUCUACAAGUAGUGACCUCAACCAGUCAUUUGAUGCCAUGUUGAAUCUGCAGGACAGUUUCCUUACGGACUGUGACCUUGAGCACAGUACAAUGUAUGAUAAUGAGGAUGCUGAGGUUAUCUGUGGACAUGGACAUCGGAGAAGACAGGAGAUUGGCAUCCACGAGAGGACCUCAUCCUCUAUCGUGUUUGAAGACUCUGGCUGUGAUAACACCUCUAAUGUGGACAAUAGAACAGACGUGUCUGUUGUUGUUACAACCAGUGAUUUCUCACGCAGAGACUCUGACACAAAGGACUCCAGUGAAAGUAAACCCACUUCCCCAAGCACUUUGUCUACAUCUCCUCCCAGACCAAAAACCUUGAACUUGGACCUCACAAAAAACACUGCAGAAAAGCUGAACCCCGGCUCCCCCAAAGUGUACCUCUACAUUCAGAUGCAGCUGUGCCGCAAGGAGAACCUCAAAGACUGGAUGGAGGCACGCGGCACGUUGGAGGAGCGUCCACCAGCUGAAUGCCUCCAUAUUUUUCUGCAGAUUGCAGAAGCCGUUCAGUUCUUACACAACAAGGGGCUAAUGCACAGGGACCUGAAGCCUUCCAAUAUAUUCUUUACAAUAGACGAUGUAGUUAAAGUUGGGGACUUUGGGCUAGUAACCGAGAUGGACCAGGAAGAUGAUGAAGACGCAACUUUGACGCCAAUGCCGGCAUAUGCUCGACAUACUGGACAAGUCGGGACCAAACUCUACAUGAGCCCAGAACAAAUGUAUAGCCAAAGUUACUCCCACAAAGUGGACAUCUUCUCUCUGGGCCUGAUUUUAUUUGAGCUGCUAUAUCCGUUCAGUACCGGUAUGGAGAGAGUACGAAUAUUAACAGACAUCCGUGAUCUGAAGUUUCCUGCCUUGUUUACACAGAGCUACCCGCAAGAGCAAAACAUGGUGUUGCAUAUGCUCUCCCACAACCCCAGCGAGAGACCCGAGGCUGAAGAAAUAAUAGAAAACCCUUUGUUUGAGAGCAUAGAACUUCCCGGAAAACUGACUCUUAGACAGAGAUCCCGAACGCUGAGCACGUCAGGCCUGAAAAGUCUGAAGAAUUCCUUCAAGUGAUCACUACUCCUAUACAUUCCGUCUCGCAACUGAUUGUGUCCUACCAGAAUGACUGCCGACCAGACUGUAUCAGUUAUGAGGUCGUAACCAAACACCACAAGAAAAACUUUUUCACAUCCGCUUCUGCAUUUCAUUACCAAAAAUAUCUCCAGUUUAAACGUUUUUAAACAGACGUCCAGUUGGUGGAUGUGGCUUGAAGACUUGUGGAUCGCAAUGGACCUGCUGACACUAUGACGGUGUGGAUUUAAACGUGAACUCUGAAGUUUUGUAUUGAGAAGACUUCGCACAAUUAUAAUUAAUGUUUACUCUG